GUAGAGGGCAGCAACACACGUUCGUUUUACAAAUUACGCCGUAGGCCUACACUGAAUUUCUAGCAUUUGACUUUUUAGAAUUGACACGAUCUGAUUCCAUUUCAUACAUUCAGAAAGAAUUCUGAAAAGACUUAAUUAUGGCAACAGCAGGUGCUAUAGGACCAGACAGUUUCAAGUGGGAAUCAUUACCUCCAAUGCCUACUAAACGGGUGUAUGCCUCAGCUGUAGAGUGCAAUGGUAAACUAUAUGUGAUUGGUGGAGUAAGCAUGCAUGGUAAUCCUAUGGAUGCCUUUGAGAUGUAUGAUCCUGAGAAGAAGAAAUGGAACAAUAGGUUACCUAAUUUACCCAACAAGAGAGGACAACCAGCAUUAGCUGUUGUAGGUAAUAAGAUAGUAGUACUUGGUGGAGUAGCAGGAGGGAAGGAAGCAUCAGAUGCAGUGGAUGUCUUUGAUACAUCAUCUAAGAAAUGGAUCAUGGGGAUGAAGACACUUGGAGAAAAGAUACAGAACAUUUCAACAGUUGUUCAUAAUGGAAAAGUUAUAACAAUUGGAGGCAUGAAAGCAAACACCUCCGCCUUGCAGAUGUGCAGAGUCUUGAACAUUGAAGAGAACUUAUGGCUUGAGCUACCUGAUAUGCCAACCCCUAGGUAUGGAGCAGCUGCACAUAUCAAGGGAGAUAUCAUUUAUGUUCUAGGAGGGAGAAAUGGAAAGCACCCUGUCCAGUGUUUGGAGGUACUGGACUUGAAGCAGUCUAAGUGGACCAAACUAAAGCCUAUUACCAAGCCUAGGGUUUUCUGCUCAUAUAUCAUGACCGAUGAGAAGUUCUAUUGUAUAGGUGGUCUUCAAUCUGAUGGAAAGGACUUCCAUGAUGAUACAGAGGAAUAUGAUGUGGAAAAUGAUGAAUGGACAGACAUAGAUUCCAUGCCACAUGUUAGAGGGGACUUUUGUGCCGGGAUUGUAGCAGGAAAGAUUAUUGUUGUUGGAGGAAUGAGUCGCAAAGCCUUACCUUUGACUGAAGCAGAGUUCCUAGAUGAUGAUAAGACAUGGAAGCCCAUAGCAGACUGUCCUAUAUCUAGAGGAUCAGGUACAAGUACAUUAUUCCAAGACAAGCUAGCAAUCAUUGGUGGCUUCACACCUGAUGGGGUAUCUAAUGCAGUAGAUUUAGUAGGCAUAGGGUCAACAUCAGAGAAUGUAGAGACCUCUGAAGCCUCUAGAGGGCAGGCCAGGAGAGGUAAAGGUAAAAGGAGAUGAAACUUGCCAAUACUAUCUUUGUAAGCUGUCUGAAUUGUGAAUUAUUAGAUCUAUGAAUAGAGAUCAUGAAUUUUGACAUUUUUCUUAUCAGGUUUUCAUUCAGUACUUGUUGACAGGAAAAUUGUGGUUGGUCGGGAUAUUGCCACAUAAAGCUUAGUGAUUGAUCAUGGAGCCGAUUACUGUGAUUCUUUAUUUUGUAUGCUGAGCUUUAUUGUUGAUAAAUUAAUCAAUUUAUACUUCUCUAAUGAGUGAUAUUAAUUACAUACUGUACUAGAUUGCCUGACUGGCAGAAGGGUACAUACUCAAACAUGUCCUAAAACUCUCUCAUAGACUCUCAUUAUUGUCCAGCAGGGCUAGUUGUUAUCCUUCUAUUGCUGAAUGAAGACUUAUCUAGUAUCAUCUAUGCAAGAUUUAGUUUAUAGAAUACAUGAGUGACUUUUUUGUUGUUAAUAAAAAAUGGCAUAAACAACCCCGGUGUGUUGGCUCAGAUGGUAGAGCAUCCGUCUCACAACCGGGAAGUCUGGAGUUCAAACCCCAGCCAAGUCAGACCAAAAGACAUUAAAAGAUGGAAGUUGCUGGUAGCCUGUUUGGUAUUUAACAAUUAAAGGGAUAGAGCCUUGUCGAUCUGGCGCUGCACAGUGGCUUCAGGGCCCACAAUCUGUUGGGCAAAGCAAAUUUUCAGAGUAUUUAAUUUCAUGUCUAUUUCAAACAAUAAUGUGGGGUUUUUUUAGUCUUUUUGAAACCACAUAAUUGGUGAAAUAUUCCAUCAAAACUCACAACAUGUAAUCUUUGUUAGAGAAUCUCAUACAUAAUUGAUAUUAAGGGUAAUAAAAUUAUUUCAAUUUUCAGGUGAUGAAAUAUUUAUUCAGAAAAGAUAUACUUUUUGUUUUUAUAUAUAUUGAUAUUAAAUGUGAAGUUAUAUUAAGUAAUUUUAUCAUUUCAGCAUCAAUGGUCAUUUUAUGGUUUCUGACUUGAUCAAAGGUUUGUGGGUUUUGAAUCUCCUCUUUGUGCUGCAUUUGAGCCAAGUGUAAUAGAUUGGGGUACCUUGCGUGAUUCAUUCCUUGGAUUUACUAAACACUGUGUAUGGUGUCUGAAGGAUGAUAACCAUAACUCUGCCUUCUAUACAAUAUUGUUAAGGUAAUGAGUCUUAUUGCCAGUUAUCAUUAUUUUUAUCAAUAGUACAAUUAGUAGGGGCAGUUAUUUUUCAUUUCAAAAUUGCUCCUACCAUUUAUUAAAACCUGUAAUUUCAAACCUGAUCUAAAAUGGAAAUUACAUUUUUCCAUGUAGAAAAUACACACAGCAAAAACAUGCAUU